AUGAAUACAUUUGAAACGACCAUUGGUGAUGAACAUGAGCCAGUGAAUGUUGAGAAUGGAGUUGAAUGCCUAACUUUUGAAGGAGGCGGAUCAAGUCAGAGAAGCAAGUGUAGUGGUUUAGAGAGUAAGGGAAGACUGAUGGGCGAGAUGAAUUGUACGAAAUGGGCAGGAGUGUUUGUAGGAGUGGGCCAAUAUGUUCCACAUGCUGUUGUUUUUAGGGAAGCUGUGUACCGGUUCAGUAUUGCAGAGAAGUUUGUAGCGAGAUAUAUCAAGAAUAGUAAGGAGAAGAUGAAUGUGAGGUGUAAAGUAGAACGGUGUCCUUGGAAGAUAUGUGCAAAUGUUGUUAGAAAGAACAGUCAUCUAUUACGUGUGACUACAUUUUGCAAUAAGCACAUUCAUUCAGCCCAAGACAAUUUGAUUGUGACUUAUGGUGGGAGUGCUGCGUUGACAUCAUCAGUAAUAGUUGAAGAGAUAAGGGACCAUGCUGAAAAACGGCCCACUGAGAUAAGGAAGAUGUUGGAGAGGGAGUAUGGUGUGAGGCUUACAUAUUGUCAGGCAUAUAGAGUAAAAGAAAAGGCAAUGGAAGAAAUACAUGGGAAACCAGAACAGUCCUAUAUGUUAAUACCAUGUGCAUGUGUUGAGGGUUUUUUGAACGGUGCAAGGCCUAUAUUAUAUGUUGAUGGUACUCAUUUAAGUGGUCCAUAUAAGGGGACAUUACUGUCAGCUUCGGCAUAUGAUACGGAUAAUGAGCUGUUGCCGUUUGUAAUAGUAGUGGUGAAGGGAGAGAAUCUUGAUGACUGGACGUGGUUUUUUCACAAGAUUAAACAAAUAGUUGGUUCAAUGCAACUGACUAUUGUGUCAGAUAGACAUAAUUCUAUAAUUGGUGCUGUGCAAGCAAUAUUUGGGUGUGAAAGGCAUGCAUACUGUUAUAGGCAUGUGAAGGAGAACUUUAGCUCUGAAUAUAUGAAAUUAAACAGAGGUCGGAGAAGGACAAGUGAAAAUUUAAAGGAAGAUGCAUUGAAAGUACUGGAUAAAGUGGCUUAUGCAAGACUUGCGGAUGAGUUUGAUCAUGCGCUGGAUGAUCUCAAAACCAUGUCUCAUGAGUUAUAUGAGUGGGUUAUCAAUCAAGGUGAUGUGGAUAGGUGGGCAUUGAGCAAGUUCCCAUAUAAAAGGUGGGACAACAUAACAACUAAUUUAGCUGAAUCUUUUAAUGCUUGGAUGGUAAGGGAGAGGAAGCAUAACGUGGCCAAAAGAUCCAUGAGCACCGGGAGAAAGUAG